AUGACUAUUGACAGAGCCCUGCAAAAGAGAUGGAAUCCCGUUGAUGGUUUCUCCGACCGUUUGCUACCAAGUGACCGCUGGCAGUGGAGUGACAUCUCAGGUCUGGAGCAUCGACCCCUGGACGGCUUCCAGCUCCCCUCUGGCAGCUGGGAGUGGGAGGGAGACUGGCAUGUAGAUGAAAACCAUGAGGGAGAGCCCACAGAGAAAGAUGGGUGGACAUAUGCCAUGGAUUUCCCUGCCACCUACACCAAAGACAAGAAGUGGAACUCCUGCGUCCGCCGCAGGCGAUGGCUCCGCUACAGACGAUAUAAAGCCAUGGACAACUGGGCCAAGAUCCCCUCACAGCAGACAACUCUACCAGAUCCCUUCAGCGACAUCAGCUGUGGAGGCUGGGAGGUCAGCGAUGAGCCCAGGGGCCGGCUGUCUCUGUGGGCCAUCUCCAUCCAAGGAAAGGUGUGGUUCAGAGAGGAAAUCUCUCACCACAAUCCUGAGGGGUCUGCAUGGGUGGAGGUGCCUGUUCCUGGGGAGGUUGUCCAGAUUAGCUGCGGCCCUGGAGACCUGGUCUGGGCGGUGUUAUGGGAAGGGCAACUCCUGGUCAGGGAGGGCAUCGGUCGGGACUGCUUAAAAGGGACUUCCUGGGCAGUGGUGGAGUCUCCAAACCCUGAGGUGGGGGCUAUACAUGUAGCUGUGGGGAUGAAUGUAGUCUGGGCUCUGACCAAAGACAACAAAGUGUGGUUCAGGCGGGGUGUGGACUCUCAUAACCCCUGUGGUUCUGGAUGGAUCAGCAUGGUUGGAGAAAUGAUCAUGAUCAACGUGGGACUGAACGACCAGGUGUGGGCGAUUGGCUGUGAGGACCGAGCCGUAUACUUCAGACAGGGUGUCACCUUCAGUGAACUCAGCGGUAAAACCUGGAAGGCCAUCAAUGUUCCUAGAGAUGGGGAUCGAUCCCACUCCAGCGCUAGUGCAAACAGUCUGCAUAGUGCUGGAUGUUUUUUCUCUGGCGAGGUGCGAGCUCCGUCAGUCGUGAGUGAUACUGAAUCAGAUGUAGAAAAUCCACCAGGGGAUGGAGCCAUGAGCAAUGUCACAUUUCCUAAUGAAGACCAUUUUGUAGAUGCCCCCCAGAAAGCGGCAUCAGAACUUUGCAUGGAGCCGCUUAAGCCCCACAUCCCAAAGGUUACAAGCGACAGCUUCAUCUCCGAACUCGUCUCUGACCGAAAACCGGCGAAGACCUCUGGAGAUGCUGAAUCAGCCUCCUCUGCUGUCUUGGAGGAGGAGGUUGCUCCUGGUGACGGAGAGGUCGAUGCUGUGACCUCCACCCAGGCAGGAGGUCCUGAUCCCCAGUGGAGUAAUGUGGAUCUGGAGGAGGCACAGAUCCAGCAUGGUCAGAUGGGGGCCGUUCCAGACUGCGCUGACUCCUGCAGUUUGUCGUCAGUGGCAACCUACACCCUCACCAUGGAGGACCAGUUCGGGGCAGAUGAGCACCCACUGUGGGCCUGGGUUAGCGGAGGAGGCUGCUCUGUGGACAGCCACUCUCAGCUCAGCUGGUUUAACUGCUCUUUGAACACAUCUGUGCUGCAGUCGGUUCAGUCCAUGAGUCUGUCGGUGUCUCCUGCUCAGACGGCAGCUUGGAGGAAACAAAUCUUCCAACAGCUCAGUGAACGCUCCAAGAGAGAGAUGGACGAUUUCAAACAUUAUGAACAAGCCAUUGAAAAAUCGGUGUGGGUGAAAAAAGGAGCCAUGCAGUGGUGGAGAGACUGGAAGCCGCAUAAGUGGGUUGAUGUUCACUUCGCACUCGAGCAGUUUUCAGGAGCUGAUGGCAACAAGGAUGGAAUUUUAUUUGUUUAUUACAAUUACCAUGACGAGAAGAAGUACCUUCAUGCCUUCAUUAAUGAAGUCACAAUCCUGGUUCCUGUGCUCAAUGACUCCAAACACACUUUUGCCGUCUACACCCCUGAACGUACCAAACAGAGAUGGCCGAUUAGAUUGGCGGCUGCCACAGAGCUGGAGAUGUACGAUUGGGUGUUCUGGCGACAGGUUGGAGGCCACCUGCGUUUAGUGGAGUGCAACAGCCUGGGGAUAGUAUGGGGCCUCGGCUAUGACCACACUGCCUGGGUCUACACCGGGGGAUAUGGGGGAGGCUUCUUCCAGGGGUUGGCAAGCAGCACAGAUAAUGUUUACACACAGACUGACAUCAAGAGUGUUUACAUCUAUGAGAACCAGAGGUGGAACCCAGUAACUGGCUACAGCAACAGGGGACUUCCAACAGACCGCUACAUGUGGAGUGAUGCAUCUGGGUUACAUGAGUGCACAAAGACUGGUACAAAGCCUCCUUCCACUCAUUGGACAUGGGUGUCUGACUGGGUUAUUGACUACAGCGUCUCUGGGGGAACAGACAAAGAGGGCUGGCAGUAUGCUGCAGAUUUUCCAGCGUCUUAUCACGGCUCUAAAACCAUGAAGGACUUUGUCCGGCGCAGGCGCUGGUCCAGGAAAUGUAAAUUAACAACAACCGGACCUUGGCAAGAAGUUCCACCAAUCGCACUGAGCGAUGUUACAAUCCUACCUUGUGCUGCUCAGAGCAGCGUGGAUACAGUUCCUCUGUGGGCCAUCAGCAACAAAGGAGACAUCCUAUGUCGACUGGGAGUAACACUGCUGACACCUGCUGGAACGUCAUGGCUUCAUGUUGGGACAGACCAGCCUUUCAAGUCCAUCUCUAUCAGCGCUGGCAGCCAGGUCUGGGCCAUCGCCAGAGACGGUUCCGCCUUCUAUCGGGGUUCAGUUUCACCCCAGAACCCAGCAGGCGAUUGUUGGUACCACAUCCCCACGCCGGCGAAGCAGAAGUUAAAGCAGGUGUCUGUUGGCAGAACAUCAGUUUAUGCUGUCGAUGAAAAUGGUAACCUGUGGUACAGGCAGGGGGUGACCCCCAGGUACCCUCAGGGUUCCUCCUGGGAGCACAUCUCCAACAAUGUGCGUAAAGUCUCCGUAGGGCCCUUGGAUCAGGUUUGGAUCAUAGCAGACAAGGUUCAGGGCAGCCACAGUCUGAGCUGCGGGACAGUGUGCCAUCGACUCGGAGUCCAACCCAUGGAGCCAAAGGGACAAUCCUGGGAUUAUGGCAUUGGGGGUGGAUGGGACCACAUCACAGUAAGAGGAAACUCCAUGGAGCCACCGCACAUCUGUCUUUCCUCCAGGACAUAGCCGCCCCCCCCCCCUUGCAGCCCCCUCCUGGUCAGGAGCACAGCGAUCAGCAGCACCUUAAAGGAAUAG